AGCAAGAACUGCCUCCCAGAUUUCCAUCUUCAAACAACUAGAGCAUUAAUUUACUCCCUCCUCUGUUUCUUCAAAACCUCCCCAAAAGACCAAAACCAUCACUUUUGGUGUCUCCUGGACUGUAAACAGCUCCUCAUUCCCUACAUAUCACCAUCUUUCCAACAACCAAGACCAUGAAGCAAAAGAUAGUGAUCAAGGUGACGGGGAAUGGACCGAAGUCACGCACCAAAGCCUUGCGGAUUGCAGUUGGGCUUUCAGGUGUUGAAUCUGCUCGUUUAGGAGGGGAAGAUAAGAGCCAGAUAGAGGUGGUAGGCGAUGGAGUUGAUGCAGUACAACUUACAAAUUUGCUGAGAAAGAAAGUAGGCUACGCAGAGUUAGCAAGUGUAGAAGCUGUGGGAGAAAAGAAAGAAGAGAAGAAAGAAGAGCCAGCAGUGCAGCCGGUUGUUUGGCCCGUGUUUGGUGGAGGCAUGCCUCAGACCUAUAUCUAUCCGAUUCACCCCCAUCAGGACCCUUCUUGCUCCAUCAUGUAAUUACCAAACAGGCAAGCCAGAAGCAGGGAGAGAGAGAUAUAUUGAAGCCGAGUCAGUUUAUUUAUCUUGUAGAACAUGUUGAGCCGCUGCCGUUCCAUGUCUGAAAGUGGGGAGAUAGUAAAGGGAAAUUGAGAUUAUAUAUAUACAUAACCAUGUGUAAACAAGCUUCUUUGCUUGUCUCAACUUCUCAUGUUACAGGAGGGACAAAUCUUGAUAUUGGGUGAACAAAAAGCAUGGUGAUAUUCAGUCGUUAAUUAUUCAACAAUAUCAACUUAUGAAUUUUAA